AUGUCCACCACAGCCUACGAAGAGAACCGCCGCAUCCUUGCCGACGUGCUCGCAUACUAUGACGCAAAAAGCGUCGAGGAGCUUAACACGAACGACGACGAUGCCUUCUGGUCCGAGAAGAUGUGGGAGUCGUGGAAGUUUAUCUUCCACGAUAACGGGUGUUACUCGCAGGCGUUCGACAUGACGAAGCCCAAGGAUGGCGUGUUCCCGGUGGUGGAGCACUUCGCAGGCGAGCGUCGCUUCUAUCGCGAUGAGGCUGGUGAAGUCGCCCAUGAAAAGAGAUUUUUCAAGGAGAGCGGAGAGGAGCACAAGGCGUACGUCAUAUCCAAGUCGGAGAACCUGUUUGAAGACGGGCUCGCCAUGUUGCCUGAGGGCCCAAUGAUGGCCACCGUCAGACUGUUCGGCUAUCCACCGUACGGACACGGGACGUGCGCCGUGAACCAGAUGAAGUGGGGUGCGCCCGUCGUCAGCCAGAUCAGCCUCCAGCCGAACGAACAGAUCCGACUCUCCGUCCUCCCGCUCUUUAUGGCCGUGCCAGGUGCAAAGGGCCCGCUGCUCAAGACCAUCAUCUUCCGUGAUGAGUCGGACGCGAAGCCCUUUUCCAAGUCAGCUCACUGGGCCCAAGACGGCGCGGGUGCCGUCAUCCGCAAGGUCGACCGCGCAGAAGCCAUCAAGACCAUCUUCCCCGACGCACAGUCUGCGCAUGGUUUCGUGAUGAGGCCCGAGAUGGUCAAGGGAUGUAGGCUGCGGGUGACAGAUGGAGUGGUGUUCGACGUGCAGGCGUUGAGCGAGGGAGGGGACGACGCGCAGUUCUUCGCGUUGAACGAGAAGAACGUGCUCUUGAACGUCGUGCAGGCCCCAGAGCAAGGCAAGCCGCACGCCCUAAAGUGGAGGCUCUUGUGGCGGGUGGAUAAGAGACUGAUGGUCGGGGUGAUCGCGUACAAUGCGGAGACGUUGAAGCCCGAGCAUGAGGCUCACGACAAGUCAAUCCACGGUGCGCAAUGGGAUCCGCGCACGGAUCGGUGUUGUUCCUUGCUUUUAAGUCUGCCUGCGGAUACUCUCUCUUUCGAACGUAGAGGUCCUGACGACCAGCAUUUCGACGAGUUGGGCGAUUUGGCACGCGUAGUGUCGUUUUCAGGAGUACUUGACCUUCCCCAGGUUCUCCACCAAUUUCACGCCGAUGCCCAGCGAGGCAUCCACACGGAUUUCGAAGCAAUUGCGAGGACCCACCCGGAUCGGAUUGCUGUAGAGCUCGGUGUCACCGACGUGAAGCUCACAUUUCGCGAGCUAGACCAGUUGGCCAACCAUGUCGCGGAUCAAUUACUACUUGCGGGAAUUGAGCGUGAAGAGUUAGUGCCUGUGAUUGCAUCGCGGACUCCCCAAGCGAUUGCUGGUAUAAUUGGGAUCGUGAAAGCAGGAGGAGCGUACGUUCCGUGCGAUGCAGAGGAAUGGACGCAAGAUCGCAUAGAUACCGUCUUCGCCACGAUCAAGCCCAGGGUUGUCGUGGUCUCAGACCCCGGUUUUGCUACACUUGUGCCAGCUCAUAUGUCCAAGAACGUCAUAUAUACAGAAGCUUCAAAGGCCAUCGCUCCUUCAUCUGGCCAGGUUGUACCGUCUUCCAACCGUCUUGCAUACGUGAUCAUGACGAGUGGAACCAGCGGUGCUCCGAAGGGCGUGAUGGUCGAUCACAAGAACCUGAUUCAAUAUGCUCAUCGCUCUGAACACGCCAAACCGGGAAACAUGGGCGUACAACCCGGAGACCGCUGUUUCCUUGUCUUUUCAGUCGCAUUCGACGCCUUCUCCGGUGCCUUGUGGAGCUGUCUUUGUAACGGAGCGACGCUUUGCCUUGCAGACAAGUCCAGCAUUGCCUCGGUGGCAAAACACGCAUCUCACGUUCCGCUCACUCCCUCUCUUCUCUCCUCGCUCUCACCUGGGGAAUACCCCCGCAUUCGAGGCAUAUUCGCCGGUGGGGAGGCGCUCCCGCUGUCGCUCGUGCAGAGCUGGGCUCGCGAAGGGCUCCGGAUAUUCAACUGCUAUGGCCCGACGGAGACGACGUGCGCAGCUACUAUGAUCGAAAUUCAUGCCGACUCCCAACAGGUGACGAUCGGACGCCCGCUGGUGGGGUAUGCCGUGCUUGUGGUGGACGAGAAUAUGAAGCCGGUAGGCGUCGGUGUGUCGGGCGAGAUGGUGAUCGGUGGACGGGGUGUUGCGAGAGGGUACUAUGCAAACAAGAAGUUGACUGACGAGAAAUUCGUGGAGCUCGAGUGGGUGGAGAAGACGCUUGGGAUCAAGGGCACCGGGAAGUGGUACCGCACUGGCGACUUGGCGAGAUGGACGGCAGACGGCACGCUUGAGUACCUCGGGCGGAGUGACUGGCGAGUUAAGAACCGCGGCUUCCUCAUAGAUCUCGAGGGCGAUGUCGAAUCUGCGAUGCUGAACGACGACACUGUCUCUGACGCCAAGGCGUUCAUGAUUCGUGGGCGUCUCAUCGGCGCCGUGACCCCUGCGAAUGUCGACGCGAAAGCGCUCCGUGAGCGAUUGCUUAUGCACACUCCUGCAUAUAUGGUCUGCAACAAGAUCUUCGCGUUGGAUACAUUUCCUCGAACAUCGAAUGACAAGACGGAUCGCAGAGGCGUGCAGGCUCUUAUUGAGCAGUUGCUGGAGGAGGACAGUACCUCAUACGGCCCGGCUCCUGCAAAUGAAGCACAGCGUGCCGUUGCAAAGGGCUUCCGUGCACUUUUUCGGUUGCAUUCCGAGGUUGGUGUCCAUGCGUCGUUCAUUGAACUUGGUGGAGAUUCGUUGGGCGCUAUUCGUCUGGUAUCGCUCGUUCGCGCUUCAGGAUUCAGCAUCACCUUCCUGGAUGUCAUUGGGCUCAACAUCAUAGAGGCCAUAGCUGCCGCGGCGACGCCUCUUUCUUCUGCGCCAAGUGUAUCAAAGGAGCAGGCUACCACAGACGAGGACGAAGCUCUCCUGCGCGAGGUUCUUGGCCCAGACGCCGAUGUCCUUGCAGAGGAUAUUGCGCCGCUGACCCCGGUACAACGGGGUAUGUUCAUGACCACUGCGACGAAGCCCACUGUAUACUCCAUUCAGACUCGCAGCAGUCUUCAAGACUUGGAUGGGCCAUUUGACCGUGCGCGAUUCGUGCACGCUUGGAGACUCGCUGCACAGAGACAUGCGAUUUUCCGAUCGUCCUUCCACCUCGAACAUGGCUCGAGCGGCGUACAAAUCGUGCAUCGCCGCAUCCCCGAGCUGAACUACAGUCUGCGUGAGUUCGAGAGUGAUGCGGACCUGGAGGCUGCUCUGGGCGCGUACGUCGAAGAGGACCUGAAGACCGGCUUCAGCGUUGACGAUUUUGUACUCCCGGGGAAGCUGAUGCGACUCGCACUUUUCGUGUCCUCUCAGUCAAACACGGCUUCUUUUGUGUGGACUGUUCACCACGGCUUGAUUGAUGGUCUUUCUGCCACGGUCCUUCACGAUGAACUGAUCCAGGAUUACAAUGAUUCGCAACGGCCCCUGUCACCCGCUCGCUCCUUUGCGUCUGUCGCGCGAUCGAUCGUCCGCAAGCAGAGUGACCUCGAAGAGAAGGUAACUUCCUUUUGGAAAGAGAGCCUCAAGGGUGCAGAGCCAGUCGCCCCGAUCAACCUACCUUGUCUCUUGACGUCCGCUCCUGUGGCGCACGAAAUUGUCUACGAAUCUUCGCUUGCUCUGGAUCUUGUAGCCGAGUUUGCGCGACAGUCCUCUGUGACGAUGACCACCGUCUUCAUUGCGGCAGCUGCUGUUGUCCUUUGCCGAUACACGAACAAACGUGAUACCAAUAUUGGCAUUGUACUCACAGGACGGUCGACGAUGUUCGAUGCAGAGCGCGUCGUAGGCCCAGUUGUCAAUACCCUGCCAAUCCACGUGAACCUGGAAGACGAUUCUCUGUCUGUCAGGGAUUUCGUGAAGGCUACGUCAAAACAGGUGAUGUCGUUAACUUCAUGGGAAUGGGCGUCCCUCCGCUCUGCAAUGACGGCGCUAGAUAUACCAGCAGACAAGAACCUGUUUGACUUUGGAUUCUCGUUCUCCGACGACUUCGCCUCAGAGGUGACGCCGUCGAGCGGUGCGACUGGAUUGCAGAUGCUGAAUUCUGUGACUACGGAGCAAACAGAGUUCCCCUUCACGAUCACUUUCGAGAGGAGUGCGAAGCAGACUGCGAUAGUUAGGUUUCGCCAGCAGCCACAGCGGAUCCACGAGACGUAUGCACAGAAUAUGGGCCGGCAUUUCUGCAAUGCUGUCACUUCUUUCAUGUCGGCUUCUCUUGUGAAGGGCGUCCAGCUCACGGAUGCGACGGAGCGUCAAUUCCUGACGCACGGACUGAAUAGCCACCACACGGAGGUACAGCGUCAGACGGUCACUAUCCUGGAUCGUUUAGAGCAGUCUAUGACGGCGCACAAGGACCUCGAUGCGAUUGCUCAAGGUACUGCCUCCAUGAGCUACGCAGAGCUGGACCGACAGUCUUCUGCUGUUGCCUACUACCUUGCUUCGCAUCAUGGCGUAACAGUUGGCUCCACAGUCGGCAUACUCGCAAUGCACAACUUUGAGUGGUUGAUUGGUGUUUGUGGAAUUCUCAAAGCGGGCGGAACCUAUCUGCCGAUUGACGCCAAGUAUCCCCUCGAACGUCAGACCUGGAUACUCGAACAGCGGGACAAUGUCGGCAUACUCUUGGUUCCUCAAGCUACUGAGCGUUAUCGCGCCAUGUUCAAAGUGAAGCUACUCCGUGUUGCGGAACUGGUUGAGGCGAAGACUCCACCCGUCUCGCUCGCUAGACCGACAACACAGGAUGUUGUGGUCUACAUCUACACAUCGGGAACGACAGGAGUACCGAAAGGAGUGCCUAUGUUGCAUGGCGGACUUGACACCACUUUCAUGAGCGAUUACGGCCACCUUUGGGCUGCGCCUGGUCGUCGGGUUGGGUUGAUGAUGGCACUUGGCUUCGACGGACAUCUGAUGUGUAUUUUCGGACCGCUCUUAUACGGUGGAACGGUCGUGUUACAGGAUCCGGAUGACCCGUUAGAGCAGCUCAAACACGUACACUGCGUUAUGUGCACUCCUUCGACCCUGGCAAGUCUCGAUGAGGCUGAGCAUAAGAACAUCGAAUACGUUGUUGUGGGCGGAGAGUCUGUUCCGCAAGGUUUGGCAGAUACCUGGUCUGUCGGUAGGACUGUCGGGAACAUGUACGGGCCGACUGAAUGUCAUAUCGCGGUAACUUUCAAAUACCUCACACCUGGUGAACCAGUAGCACUAGGAAGACCAUUCCUGCACACUAGGAUCUACUGCGUUGACCCGGAUACCUGUCUUCCUGUACCUGUUGGUCUUCCUGGUGAGAUGUGGAUUGGUGGAAGCUCCCCAACAAGUGGCUAUGUCGGUCGACCCGACUCAACGAACGAAAAAUUCAUUGCUGACUCGUUCGGCUACCCUGGAGAGAGAAUCUAUCGUACUGGAGACAUCGGUCGCUGGAACCUGAAGGGAGAGCUGGAAUACGUGGGCAGAAUGGACGAUCUCAUCAAACUCAAGGGCGGCUUCCGGCUCAGUUUAGUAGGAGUGGAGAACGCGCUGAUCCGAGAGGCAAGCAAUUUCAUGGGCACUCCUCUGGCAACUGCCACGGUUGUUCUUGUCAACGAUCGUUUGGUCGCGUAUGUGACCCCAGGAAGCAUCAACACAGGAUCUCUGCGCGAACGUCUGAUGGAGACUGAACCACAUUUCGCAGUCCCAAAAUGGAUCAUCGCAUUGGACAAUCCACCUAUGACGGCCAAUCAGAAGAUCGAUCGCAAAGCUUUAAUGGCGCGACCAUUGCCGCAGGAUGAAUCGAGAGAUUUUCAGCCCCCGAAGACCGAAACCGAACAGCAUCUCGCUGAGAUAUGGAAGGAUAUGUUGGAUACUUCAGAGGAUGUCUCUGCCAUGGCGCAUUUUUUGCGACUUGGGGGCACGUCCCUGAACCAGAUCAGGCUCGUGUCGGCGUUGCAGCGUUUGUACAAGAUCAAGAUUCCGCUGACGCUGGUCAUCAUCCAUCCCGUCCUGCGCGAUCUUGCACGUGCUGUUGACGAUCUUCUGGCAACAACGCAAACUGUUACCUACAGCGCCGUUGAAGUGACCGACAUUGGAGUGUUAUCGCACAGUGAGCGAGGCAUGUGGCUGGGUUAUCAGCUGGCAACCGUCAAGACACCUUUCACGGUCUCCGCACUAUACACUAUCAAGGGAGCAGUUGAUGUCGAUCUGCUGAAGCAGGCAUUCGACUUGGUUAUUGCACGUCACGUCGUCUUCGGUGCGAGGUAUACUGUGGAUGAGAAAGGAGAGCCCCGACGGGAAACCUCAGGCCCUUCUCCGCAGGCCUUAAUCGUAUCGCCCCAGGACUUUAACGAUACUCUGCAUACAAAUUUGAACUAUGUCUUUGAUAUCUCUGCUGGACCGCUCGUUCGCGUUCGUCUGUCGUCCAAGGAUAGUACGACCUCGGUGUUGUUCGCUGCAAAUCACAUCGUUGUGGACCAUUGGAGUAUUGACCUCGUCAUGAAAGAUAUAUCCAACGUGUACACAUCAAUGAUUCGAGGAACGUACGUAACUCCAAGCCCUCGCGAGUUGGACUAUCCGAUAUGGGCAGCGUCCGCAUCGCGCAAGCAUGAACCCGAGAUGUUGGCGUUCUGGGGGAGCUACCUGCGGGGCAUUCCGGACUGCAUCGCCCUUCCCCUUUCUCGCCCACGGCCCGCAAUGAAGUCUUAUGCUGGCAGAUCUCGCUUCUUCGACCUCCCAGAGGAACUGCGACAGAUUGUGGAAAGGGCAGCGAUUGCCGUUGGGGUAACACUCCAUCAAUUCUUCAGCGCCGCCCUCAUUCUUGUCCUUUCGGUGUUUGCUCACCAGGACGACAUAGUUGUUGGUGCAUCUCAUGCGAAUCGCCGGACUGCAGAGGAGUACGAGCUAUGUGGUCUCUUCCUGGAUCGUGUUCCUUUCCGUCACCAGUUACAUGAUGGCAACCGAACGUCGACGGAGAAAUUGCUUCGCUCAGUGGUGGACUCACAACGAGCAGCCUCUCUGCAUUUCAGUGUUCCUUUUGACGAGAUAGUGCGGCAUGUCGGGACUCCGCGUAACUUGGGUCGGCACCCUCUUUUCCAGGUUAUGCUGUCUGUGGAAAAUGAGAACGAGACCAUUCCGAAGCUGCGCAUCCCUGGUGCUGAGGUGGAGAGUGUGAUGGUCGCACCGGAAGGGUCAAAUUUCGACUUGCUCCUUGGCUACCAGCUGCUCCCGAAGAGACAAGGCAUGCGGCUACGCUUCGAGGCGUCGGAUAUUUACGACGACUCACUUGUCAAUGCCCUAGAGACCGCCAUGCGCACCUCCCUGGCAAUGCUCGCUGGCAGCUCCUCGACGCCCCUGCAGAUCUGCGCGGCGUUGGACGCUUACGUUGUCAGGGCUCCCAGUUGCGAAGACAAAAUGGCCGUUGUCCGCUGCACCAUGCUCACAGUCAUUGAUGCCACGCCGUCUGGUGUAAGGCAGACCUCGCCAGGAUCAGAUGUGACGUUCUUUGAGCUGGGAGGGACGUCCCUGAUGGUACCCAUGUUGUUGAAGGAGUUGGAAUUGAGAAGGGUUCGCAUCAGCUUCAUCGAGUUCUUCUUGGAUCCGUCGAUCAGUGGCGUGGCUUCUCGUGCAUCCUUUGAGUUGAGAUGA